UACAUAAAGCUUAUAUUAGUCAUGUUAUUACUCAUACUACUUAUAGUGGGGCAUCUAGAAAAGAUAUUGUUGCUAGAGAUCUUUUUCUGACAAAAUUUAUUUCUGAUAAGCCUGUAGUAUACAAAAAACUUUCUGAAGAGGAGUUGCAAUUGUUAGAUAAAGAACAAGUCAAAAGGCUUGUUGAUACACUUGAUUAUACUAGUCCAAUUAUCACAAUGUCAGACAAUACUAAACUUAAAGAGAGACUUGGAUAUUUAUCUCUUUAUAGUUGUGUUGUUGGUUUGACGCUUUCAAUAGAAAAAACUAAGGUUUUUUCAUAUGAAGAUAUAUAUCAAAUUGUUGAUACUAUUAAAUCAUACAAUGCUAUUGUUUCUCAAGUUCAUGUUUACUUGUUACAGGAAUCUGAUAGCUUACAAAUUGAUAAUUUUUUUAUAUCAGCAGCAGCCAUGGAAGUUAAUACGUCAAGUAGGCUAAAUAUGUUGACUGAAAUCGAAGAUGAUUUUGCUGAUGAAGAUGCUGAUAUUGGAAUUAUAAAUGGAGAACUUAAACUUUCUAUAUUAAUCAAUCAAUGUCGUAAGCAUGAAGCUUAUACAAAUCAAAGAAUGUAA